GCAUUUUACCUGCAAAGUCCAGUUUUACUCCUGAUUCACUGUGCUGAGUACUGGUCUCCAACUUGUCUAGACCUGUUAAAGUUCUUGUUUGCACAGAUAUAUUGGGCUACUGCAAAUAUUAAAUGUGUUUUCUGACCUUGGUGCAACUGCCUCUCUUCCAUGUGGCAACACUUUGCUAAUGAAAACCUUGUUUUAUCAGCAUGGGAGUGGCCGUGGGUAUUGGUUUUUUUUCUGUGUGACAUUGGAUGUGUGAUGUACAGUGUUACUAUUCCUAUUAAAGUACUGAGUCAGAUCACUUUCUUGUGAAGGUCCACAAGUUCCAUAGAACUGGUUCUGAGAGGGAUAUUGCAGAGCAUAAGUGCAAUAAAACAAAGCCCACCAAAGAACUGUAAAAGGAUUUGUCAUAAAUGGGACGAAAUCUUGUAUUUGUAGUCCAAUUGCAAUGGAAUACACUUUUUGCACUGAUACCCAAUCUGUCGGUUUUCUGUCUCAGCCCUGGCUGGGGAGCAGCAGCGCUCGGGUUACUCGGGGAGGGAGGGCUCGGCAGGGACAGAGCCCACGGUGGCUGCAGGGCUCCGACAGCUGCGAGGGACAACGAGCUGCUUCCAGAACCGCACCCGUGUGCCCGCACCUGGAUGCUGCUGGAAGGAUUUACUUCCUUGGGUAGUUUUGGACACUUCUGUGCCUUUGGGUGAACAGUUUUGUUUAAGGUCCAGAAACGAAGAUGAGGAGCCUCUCCUCCUUUUACGUCUCUCUGUGGUUGCUGUGCACAGCAGUGAUACUCAAAGCCGUAGAAUCAGCCAAAGGGAAAUAUGCUCACAUGCUGUUUAAUGAACUGUUUGAAGACUACUCCAAUGCUCUGAGACCAGUGGAAGACACAGAUAAAGUACUGAAUGUCACCCUUCAGAUCACGUUGUCCCAAAUUAAAGACAUGGAUGAAAGAAACCAAAUUUUGUCAGCUUACUUGUGGAUUCGACAGAGCUGGUAUGAUGCAUACCUCAGAUGGGACAAGGAUAAAUACGACGGGUUGGAUUCCAUCAGGAUUCCAAGCAAUUUGGUUUGGAGACCGGAUAUUGUCCUAUAUAACAAGGCUGAUGAUGACUUUUCAGAACCAGUAAAUACUAAUGUAGUGCUGAGAUAUGAUGGAAAAAUUACUUGGGAUGCACCUGCUAUCACAAAGAGCUCUUGUGUGGUGGAUGUGUCAUAUUUUCCUUUUGACAGCCAGCAGUGCAACCUUACCUUUGGGUCCUGGACCUAUAAUGGUAAUCAGGUAGACCUCAUCAAUUCUCUUGAUAGUGGUGACCUCUCUGACUUCAUAGAAGAUGUGGAAUGGGAGAUUCAUGGUAUGCCAGCAGUUAAGAAUGUCAUCACUUAUGGCUGCUGCUCUGAGCCUUAUCCAGAUGUGACCUUCACCCUGAUUUUGAAAAGGAAGUCCUCUUUCUACAUAUUUAAUCUGCUGCUUCCCUGCAUUUUGAUCUCUUUCCUGGCCCCGCUGGGAUUCUAUCUCCCUGCAGACUCUGGUGAGAAAGUGUCUCUGGGUGUUACAGUUCUUCUUGCUCUGACUGUGUUCCAGCUGAUGGUUGCAGAGAUCAUGCCCCCAUCUGAAAAUGUACCUUUGAUAGGGAAGUACUACAUAGCAACGAUGACCAUGAUCACAGCUUCCACUGCAUUGACAAUCAUUAUCAUGAAUCUCCAUCAUUGUGGCUCAGAAGCAAAGCCUGUUCCACAGUGGGCCAAGGUGGUUAUUUUGGACUAUAUGUCAAAAAUCUUUUUUGUUUAUGAUGUGGGUGAAAAUUGCACAAGUCCGAAAAGAGAGAAAGAAGAAGAAUGUAGGUUAGAGGGGGAUGAUGGGAGUCCGAGGAGGCACAAAGAGGUAAGGAGUCCUCUUUCCACUAGGAAUGAUGACUGCGAUCUCAAGGAGAAACUCAGUGGAAAUUGGAAUAAAAGCUAUGGAGUCCAUGGUGAAAAUGUUAAUUGCUGUUCCUGUUACAAAAUGCUGAUUAAGAAUAUUGAGUAUAUUGCUAAUUGUGUUAGAGACCAUAAAGCAAACCGGGCCAAAGGAAUUGAGUGGAAAAAAGUUGCAAAAGUGAUGGACAGGUUUUUCAUGUGGAUUUUCUUUAUCAUGGUGUUUUUUAUGAGUGUGCUGAUCAUUGGGAAAGCUGCUUAACUGAAAAUGAAUAUGUUCUUUUUGUAAAUCUGAAUAUUCCAUGUUACUUUGUUUAGGAGGAGUUCAGUGAUAGGGCUGCUUUUGAGAUCUUUGUCUUGCAUUUUGUAACAAUAAACAGACUGAUUCUGUAGGCUGUGACAGUGAGUUGAGACACAGCACAACUGAGGACUUUGCUGGUGGCUGUCCUUGCCUUUCAGUAUGGGUGAGCUGAGGAGGCUGCAGGAUCAGCGGUUGCUGCUCCACCUUGGUGGGACGUGGCUGUGCCUUCAGCCUCUCUGGGCCAGAAUAUUGCAGCAGUGGAGCAGACAGCCCAGCAGGGAGUUCUGUAUUCACACGGUUGCACCUCUGCCCCUUGCAAUUUGAUCAGCCCUUUCUCUCUUCCAGGGGAAAAAAAAAAGUCCAUUUGUGAUAUGGUGACAUUUUCUGGAGAUCAUCCCUUCACAGCAUUGCCUUUUUCCCUUUUAUUUUAGUUUGACUUGAAAACUUAUGGUUUUUGUUCCAGCUCACUGAUCACUGUUCAUUUCAUAGGCUCUACAUGCUGUGCCUUUAGUUUCUAAUAUCAUUGAACUUACUAAAUAUGAUCUUCCUUUUUAUCAUUUUCUGCUGCAGAAUAUUACUGGGUUGUUACCAUGGCUCAAGUAAACCAGAUUCCCAAGAUUUCUUCCUCACUGAGACAAAGAGCUUCUUUUCAAUUCUUACUCUUGAGCCUAAUAAUAGGAAGAACUUCUCCUGUCCUUCCUACAUGUCUCAUUGCCCCGGGCAUUUGUUCAAGAUGUGCAUUUAAAUGUUACUUGAGACUGCUAAAAUAGGAGGCUGUGACUUCUGUCUUGUCUCACUGUAUUUACCUGCCAGCGUUCACCCUUUGUGUCCCUUGUUCACUCUUACAAGCUCUUUAAUGCUUAAAUUUUAAACAGUUUGCAGGAAUGCCAAGGUUACUCUGUGCAUUACUUAGCACAAAAUUAUGAUUUACAGACUCCUUAAAGUAGUGCCAUAGUCAACGCUCCUUGCUCAGCACCUUAGUUCUUACAUAUAUGGGGAAAUGUUAGUUGCUGACAGCACCAAAAACCCCUGUUCUGUGUGUUAAUUUCUGUUAACCCUCUCAGACUAAUAGAGCUCUGGAGAGUGUCUCUUGUAGUAAAGUAAGAACCAGUACCACGGGCAUGCCCAUGGCAAAUAAAUUGCUUUUGCAAAGCACCCUGAACUUUGAAACCAUGAUAUUCUAGAUGCAGUGGGAGAGGUAGAAUGGCAUUGUAAUGGAUCCCAGUCAAAAGUUCAUGUGAUAAAACUAAUUUUCAUAAUUGUCGCAGUUAAUAGGAGCAUACCUUCGAAUCAGUAACUUAAGAGCAAGGAGCUAAACUGGAAAAGUGAUGCAGUUGUUAUGCCCAAAUUUACUAGAAGAAAGGGAAUUGUUCUUUUUAUUUUGAUGAUAUAAAUGAUGCAUCGAAUUGCUAAUGGCAGGUUUUCUUUUGUGCUGAAUAAUUAGCACUGUAAACUUAUCUGGAUUCUCAUACAUAAUGCAAGCCUAAAGUCCAGGUUUUAAUGUAAAGCUAAACUGGGUGAC